AUGGCUUCUAACACGCUGAUCCCCGAAACCCACGUCCUAGCGAUUGCUAGCCAUACUGAUGGACACUCGAGAUAUGUGGGGAACAAGAUGGCAUCAUUUGUCAUGCAAUCUUUGGGAUGCGAUGUGUCUGCGAUUAACACUGUGCACUAUAGUAACCACACGGCAUACAAACAAGUCAAAGGUACCAAGACGACAGCGCAGCAGAUACAGGAGCUAUAUGAGGGAUUGAAGCAGAGCAGUCUGAAUAACUUCGAUCUCCUAUUGACUGGAUAUGUGCCUAGCGCCGAGGCUGUACAGGCCGUGGGCAAGAUUGGCAGAGAUUUGAAGUUUAAUGCUGCGACGAAACCGGGAUCCUUUUUUUGGGUCCUGGACCCUGUUAUGGGAGAUAAUGGACAACUAUACAUACCCGAAGACGAGGUUCCACAGUACAAGGCCCUACUCCGGGAAGCAGAUCUUAUUCUGCCAAACCAGUUCGAGGCGGAGACGCUCUCAGACAUCGCCAUCACCGACCUCAAUUCCCUCGCCGCCGCAAUCCAGGUCCUGCAUAAGACAUACCAAGUUCCACAUGUCAUCAUAACAUCACUGCGUCUGACACCAGACAACCAGACGAUACCCUCGCGAACGCCCGUCACGCCUUUAGGGCCACUGGAACAGAAUGCAGAUGCAGAUAUUUCACCCCCUUCUACACCAACCCCUUCCUCUAAAUCCCAAUUCAAUCCGCCCCCCUCCUCCCAAAACCUCACCAUAAUAGGCUCAACCGCAACCUCCACCCAUACCCCUCGCCUCUUCCGCAUCGACACGCCUCAACUCCCGCUCUUCUUCUCCGGUACCGGGGACAUGUUCGCCGCACUCACGAUCCCACGCCUCAUCGAAGCCGUGCACGCAUCUCCAACACCCAAUCUCCAUUCUCUUCCCUCCUGGCGCUCCCCUGAUGAUGUGCCAGCAGAGGAAUUGCCGCUCGCGAAGGCGUGCCAGAAGGUGCUUGCGAGCAUGCAAUCCAUCCUUACUAAAACGACGGAGAAGUGCGAACGGGAGAUGAAGCGGUAUGAUGAGCAGGUGGAGAAAGAAGGAUGUGGAGUUGGGCAAGAGGCGGAGAAGGAAAGAGAGAUGAGGAGGCAUUUGGCCCUGAUGAAGGCGAGUGAAGUGGUCGUAGUGCGGCAUAUUCGGGAAUUGGUGGAGCCGCCUGAGUUGGAGAGGUUCAGGCCGAGGAGGGUGGAGGAGGGGAGGAUGGUGGAUAAGGAUACUGGUGCGGGGGCACCGGAUGAGUUGGGAGCGGUGAAGUUAGGGAUUGGGAGGGUGAGGGAGGGGGCUGUACAGGUUGUUGGGGGGAAAGGGGUGUGA